AUGUCGGAAAUGACCGAUGCUGAAAUUCGCGAUUUGUUGCGUGCCUGUCCAACAUUCAAGUAUCUGAAGAGCAUUCAAGCCCAAAACCCCGGGACGAAAUCAACCCAACAAGUACUCAAAACCUCGAAGCUUGUGCACAACAACAAAAUUAUAAGACCCCGGUGUGUCUUCCAAUACUUUAUCGACCCGAAAAAUUGGAAACGGCGUAGAAAGCCGAAGAGUUGGCCUCGAUAUCUGAACUGGCCGCGAGAUAUCCUCCGCGGCACUCGUCACCCCAAAUACGACGAAAGAUCGUACAAAGCUGGCAAGCUUAAAUGGUCUGAGGAUUGUCAAGGCAAGAAUUGCCAGGAUAUGGGCCAUCGGAACGCCCGUGAACCGUGCGAUUGCGUCACACCUGAUUGGCACUCGGUCAACAAUACCUCUUGGAUGAAUCGAGAGAUAGAGCUAUGGUGGAAAAAUCCAAUACUGGGUGUGUCGACAAUCUCGAAGCGAUCGCACCAGUCCGGCGAAAUUCUAGGAGAAUAUUUUGGAGAAAUCAUUCCAGUCCAAAAGAAAGGAACCGACUGCACGUACUUUUUCUCGCUACCUCUUAGCCAGGAAGACGAUCAAUCCUUGAUCGGUUUUGUCGAUGCAGCACGAGUCGGCUCAUGGACUCGCUUUAUCAAUCACUCUUGCCGACCAAACACGGCCUUUGAGUUUCGACGCGUCGGCAGCACCCAGCGUAUCGUUAUCGUCGCAGAAAGAGAAAUCGUUGCCGGAGAAGAAAUACUCAUAGACUAUGGUGAGAGCUAUUGGGAGAGCUUGAAAGAUGAGGGAAAAUAUUGUCGAUGUGGCAAGGGGUGCAAAUAUAAGGAGCCAAAAACCAACACUCAGGGAAGACAGAUGUAG